AUGCCUGAACUCGACGACAUCGAGUACUCUCGGGACGAGUGCGUCAAGGCGGUCCGCGAUUACUUUCACUUCCUGUUUCAGAUGUACCUCGAUGAGUCGGAUUUCCUGUACCCCCCAGCUGCCAAGGAUGGGGAUGAAGGCGGCUGGCCGUCUAUCACCGCGGACAACCUCGCCAGCGUCGACAAGGACGAAACCGUCAUCGACCUCUUGCGCCACCUGCCGUUUGUCCGCCAGCGGUCCAGCGUCGGCGGCUCAGACACCGUCAAGAUUGCGCCCUUUACCACGUUUGCCAAUUGGGAAGAGGCGGCCGCCAACCUUGCCAACGGUCGUGAGGACGCCGAGUCUGUGCGGGUCUUUACAGAGGGCGCCACCCUCAGCGAGAUCCUGCCGCCCCAUGUCGUCGGCCUGACGAGCUGGACGAACAGCGACGUCAUCGUGCUCGACACCGACCUCGGCAUAGUCUUGUGGUACGAGUGUCCCGGCGAGAUCGUGGCGGCCGGCCGGCCGGUGCGCCCCGUGAGCGACGACCCUUACGACUACGAAGAGGACGAGGAGCAAGCCGAGUGGCGCGGCGACAGCACGGCGUGGUCGAUUCCCGACUUUUUCAAGAUGCUGGAGAACCAGUUCCGCAAGCUCGAGUUUGUGCCCAUUACCAAAACCAAGGUGUGGGUGACGCACCCGUACUUCCACGCCAAGGACCGGGACGCCGUCGUGCCCCAGGUGCGCGAGAUUUACCGGAAGCACCAUUGGCCGGACCUGGCGCAGUACGACAAGGUGUCCUGCCAAGCCGAGAUCAAGGCGCUCCUGGAUAGCAGCUUUCCGAACCUCGUGGACCACUUUGAGGAGUAA